AUGUUUAAGAUGAUAAAAGACAUGUUCGCUACGUUUCGCAGGCAAAAGCAGGUGUGUGUGCCCUCUCACUCGUGCGCGGUGUCCGAACUGCGUGCGUCUGCAUUUUUCUACUGCUGGACGACCCGCUCGUGGCUCAAACGCCUGGAAACCCCUGAUGUUCGCGUGCAGGAGCUUGACGUUAUCAGAGCUCAGCGACUUAAGCUACAGAGCCAGAUGGAGACUUUCAAGGCUGAUAGUGCGGAACAACUAAGGCAGCAAGAGGAGCAAACCUUAGCGAUGCUGGAGAAGGUGGUGGAGAGGAUGCAAACAGAAAGGGGGCGACUUUUGACGGACCAGAGGUUGAUGCAGGUAAGGUCGACUUCCUAA